UGUGUGUACUUUGUGGAGGUAGGGUGUGUCGCCCUGUGGUGCUGACGCGUGUGUGGUUACCCAAUACUUUAGAUAAUGUAAGGAAUAGUUGCUAUGUUUGAAUAAUUUAUAGGAGUAAUAUCAGUGGUCUGGAGUGGAAGGGAUCGUAGGUAAGCGUGGAGUGAGAUACUGGAGCGUGAGUUAACAGCAUGGCGGUGGCUGAGAGGAGACAAGCGUCUGAGCGGCUUACAGCUGCACCCUCCUCCAGGCUGCUGCUGCUGCUGCUGCUGCUGGAGGCCACGCUGUGUGCGGCCCAGAUGACCGGAGGUGCAGGAGGCAGGGUAGGCAUGCGGCCCCCGGGGCGGGUAGAACACGUCUCCGACCUGGAUAUGUUACCUCGCCACGACCGCUGUGAACCCAUCACCAUCAGGCUGUGUAAGGAUAUCCAGUACAACACCACCAUUAUGCCUAACCUCCUGAACCACCACACUCAGGAGGAAGCCGGUAUGGAGGUUCACCAGUUCUUUCCACUGGUGAAGGUGCAGUGCUCCCAGGACCUCCACUUCUUCCUCUGCAGUGUGUACGUGCCUGUGUGUACCAUCUUGGACCGACCGUUGCCUCCGUGUCGACACCUCUGCCUCUCCGCUAAGGACGGCUGUGAGGACCUCAUGAAUAAGUUCGGCUUCCAGUGGCCAGAGUCUCUAGACUGCAAUAAGUUCCCAGCGGAUCCUCAUGAGGCUUUGUGUGUGGGAGAGAACAGCACCUCCCCGCCAGCCUCCUCCUUCCCUAAAUCAGACCCGGAUCCACGGCCUCCUGCAGGGAACCCUUACGCAGGCAAGGAUUUCCAGUGCCCAGCUCACUUCAGAGUGCCCAAGCAACAAGAGUACAAGCUUCGUGUGGGCGGGGUGGAGGCCGCAGAUUGCGGCGCUCCUUGCAAUGGUAUGUUCUUCAACGAGGAGGAGCUGAGGUUCUCCCGACACUGGGUGGGAGGUUGGGCCUCCGUCUGCCUCGCCUCCACUACCUUCACCGUUGCCUCCUUCCUAGCGGACGUGCGCCGCUUCCGUUACCCCGAGCGUCCCAUCAUUUUUAUCAGCAUGUGUUACUGGUUCAUCGCAGCCACGUACGUGGUGGGACUGGUCCAGGGGGAACGUGUGGCUUGUGACGAGCCCUGGGACCCCCCGCAGUACCUGCCGGAGCUCAGGGACCAGAUGGUCCGUACCAUCACCCAGGGUGUGGACCGGGAAUGGUGCACCAUCGUCUUCAUGACUCUCUACUUUUUCUCGAUGGCAGCCUCCAUCUGGUGGGUGGUGCUGACACUCACCUGGUUCCUGGCCGCUGGCCUCAAGUGGAGCCACGAGGCCAUCGAAAACAACUCUGCCUGGUUCCAUCUGGCCGCCUGGGCCAUCCCUGCUAUCAAGACCAUCAUCAUCCUGGCCACGGAGAAUGUUGAAGGUGAGUGAGAGGUAGCAGCACAGUGACUGACAGCAGUACAGUAACGGGAUUCGAACUGGGCAUCCAGAAUCGCUUACCAAGAGAAUGUUAGCACGCGGUAAGUACUCUCGUCUUGAGUAAUUUUACACCAUCG